CAAACCUGGCAAGCGGGAAAGAUUAACAAAGGAACUACUCCAAAGUCGACCUAGCCAGGAGGGAGGCGUGGGGCGGACAGAAUCGAACUUUAUAGAGCUGCUUCUUUUGCAUGCAAGCCGGACUCUGGGCGGCAAGGCGAGGGAACGAGCCGGACACUAACUGCGGACGGACCGGAGUGCGCACCAGAUCUGUUCCCCCUUUGGGAAGGAGGGAGCGGGCGUGGAGGUAGUGCGGGCUGCAGCGUGUGUUGGAGCCAUGUUAGCCCAGGCAGCGGUCUCGGGGGCCUUGAGUCGCCUUCGCAGCAAUGCAAGAGCCGCCUUGUGUAGAGCAGAACCAAGGAAAAAAAAGAAAGUGGAUCCCAGAAGAGAACAAGCUGCAAAGGAGCGGUUGAAAAAGAAGUUAAAAAAAUUGGAAAGAGCCCCACAGGAGCUGAUCCCUAUUGAAGACUUUAUUACACCGUACAGAUACAUGGAUGAAACAAGGGUACGAGUCACCGCCCCUUUGUCCUUCGAGGAGAGCGAAAGACGAGCCAUUCUGAUAAAGAAGUGGGCCCAGUACAAGCAUCAGCAGCACAGGGCAGAGAUGGAAACUAUCAGGUCCCUGAUGGAAGCCCAGGAACAGGCACUGAAAGAGCUGCGUCUUGAAUCGGAGGAACUGUAUCAGGCGGCGAUCUGCCGAGACAACAACCUGUUUCCUUUCGAGAGGCAGGAGCCUCUGCAUACACCCCCGCUGCCAAAUUAUGAGGCUCCUGAAGGGAAAUGCAAUGACAUCACCAGAGUGUAUACACAGUGAUGGGGGCAAGGUUGCCAUGCAACCGCUGGAAGAUGCACCAUUCAGAAAAGGCAAGCCUCAUUGGAUGGAUGGAUGGAUGGAUCUGGUUCUCUGAUAGGUUUUGAAGUCCUAGUUGCAGAUGGUUAUUUGUUAAUUCGUUGUCCGAAGAAACUCAGUACACAACAAAGAACAAAGCUUUUGUGUGUGUGGGGGGGGGGCGGGGGGGGAGUCAUUUUUGAAUAGGGUAUAUUCUGGAUACCCAAUGACAUAUUGUGGAGUUUUCAACCGUUGACACUUCCAUAUGCCCCUGCAAUUUAUCCCUAACCCUAACCCUGCAAUUUAUCUGCCCCUUCUACAAAGUUGAGAGCUGUAUGUAUAAGAACCCUUCCCCUAGUUUUAUUCUUACAACAACCGUGUUAGAUAGGUAGGUGGUCUGAGAUCACCCAGUGAGUUUACGGCUGAGUAAGUAUUUCAGCUCUGUCUCUCCCGAUUCCGGCACUUUGACCACUGCAGCAGCAGCACUAGCUCUACUUCAUAGUGCUCAUUUGAAAAAGUUAUUUAAAAUGCUACAGGCUUCUUUUUUUUUUUACUACAAAUUGCACUCUUACCAUGUGAUCAGAAUGGCCAGUGGGAGGCAGGAUAUAUGUACAAACAUGAGCAAUAAACACCAUUCAUGGACUAAAAAUAACAUCUUGAAGUGUCUUUUGAUUUUGUAUUAUUGAAGACUUUCAUGGCUGGAAUCAACAGUCUGCAGACAUGAUGCCAGUCACAGAUGUGGGCUAGGAGCCAAAGGCCCGGAAAACCCACAACAGCCAGCUGUCUCUUGAUUCUUUUGUGCCGGACUGGGAUAAUGUAAUUUCAGUUGAGCGGGUUGUGUGCGGCUGCAUGACCAGUAAGCUAGCAUGGGAGUUACUGUGGCCUGGUUAACAGCGUACAGAAAUGAAAUUCCUAGGGUACAAUUAAUAAAUGUACUGCACAGUAAGCAAGAAAAAAGAGGUGUCAUUUUCCCCCCUCCCACUUUGAGGAUUUUGGUAAGGCCCGCCUUCCAAAUCUAUCACUGGUUAUCUGUGCUGCUGUGUUCUAUCAUGUGCUCACACAACUUACUGGGGGGAAAUGAUAAAGACUUGGCUGAGGUUGUAAUGAGAGAUGGUAUCUAAUCUAUAGCAGCCACCUUUCAUUUCCAUCAAUUGCCUUUUGCAGCUUCUGGAAAGCCAUCCUUGCAAACAAUUUAGAUGGACCCUUGAUUAGAAGUCGGAUGGCUGCUCUUACGUAAGGCUCCCUUGAAUAGAAUCAGAGUAGGUCUUGAGUAGGUUCCUCUGGCUGCGGUUGGCGGAACGCCCGGGAUGGGAAUGCUUUCAUUAUCAACACUGAUUGCUCUGCUUGUUUCUGUCUGUCUCUGUGAAGCUGCCUGUGUGAAACUGUCUUGGGAAAGCUUGGGAUGGGAACCCCGAAUUGUUUAUUCUGGAUUUGGCGGGAACGAUUUGGGAGCCCGUAAAAGCGGCGAUACGUCCAGGGGGGCUUCAGUUCCCGCAUUGUCUGUAGUCGAUCAAGAAUGCCAGCUCAAUAAAGAACUUCUACGGUCA